CUUCUUGACUGGAUUACUGCAUUCGGCUUCAUCCAGCCGUAGCUCUAGUAGAAGUGUGGAAGCACAGCCGUGUCAGGAGGAAAAGCUGUGUAUGAAGUGCAUGCAGCGGCGUCACACCAGAACAGCUGUUUUAUUUGCGCGACAGGCCAGCUGGGCGAUUUUCCACAUCCUGCACCUUCGGAGAGAGAUUGCUCAAUUAUGCUUUUCCUGAGAUAAUACGAGAGAGGUCUUGCAGCCUUUACACGCUCGGCUUAUCGGUAAACUAGCUCGGAAACAAGAAAGGGGUGGAAACGUAGCCCUCAAAAAAACGACAACAAAAAACAAACGCAUGAUUCCUGAGAGGAAAAAGCACAACAGCACUCAACUGAGACACAGGGUUGGAUCAACACACAGCCCCGACCUAUGGGGAGAGAGCGAGAGAGAGAGAGACGGAGUGACCAAGACGAGCGCACUCACCUGCUCAGCAAUGGGUACACCUGCCUCGCCAGAUGUUUAACCGGCUUUGAUCUGAAAUAAGUUCUUUAGCUGCAAAGGAAGUUCUCUGUCCCUGUUCCAUCGCUGUUAUUUUGGGUGCCUCUGUACCCCAGUGUGCACUUACCACUAUCAACAGCUGAGGUGUUGCAGCUUGGCACGUGUGUGAGACUGUGAGGAAGACCCUCUUACUCUGAGAAAGAGAGAGAGUCUAGGGGUGUGGGUGUGGGUCUCUCCCCUCCUUGCUAGUUGUCGUGCCCCUCCUCACCCCCACACACUUAAAGCUGGCGAUGUCCAGGGUCCCAAGUCCGCCCCCUCCUGCUGAGAUGACCAGCGGCCCUGUGGCCGAGAGCUGGUGUUACACACAGAUCAAAGUAGUGAAGUUCUCCUACAUGUGGACCAUCAACAAUUUCAGCUUCUGUCGGGAGGAGAUGGGCGAGGUCAUCAAAAGCUCCACCUUCUCUUCGGGAGCAAACGACAAACUCAAAUGGUGUUUGCGGGUGAAUCCGAAAGGGUUGGAUGAGGAGAGUAAGGAUUACCUGUCCCUCUAUUUGCUCCUGGUAAGCUGUCCCAAGAGCGAAGUGCGUGCAAAGUUCAAGUUCUCCAUCCUCAACGCUAAGGGCGAGGAAACGAAAGCCAUGGAGAGUCAGCGGGCCUACAGAUUCGUGCAAGGCAAAGACUGGGGCUUCAAGAAGUUUAUAAGGCGGGAUUUCCUGCUGGAUGAGGCCAACGGGCUGCUACCUGACGACAAGCUGACACUCUUCUGUGAGGUGAGUGUGGUGCAGGACUCGGUCAACAUUUCUGGACAAAACACGAUGAACAUGGUGAAGGUUCCGGACUGCAGACUGGCGGAUGAACUGGGCGGGUUGUGGGAACAUUCUCGCUUCACUGACUGCUCGCUGUGCGUCGCUGGCCAGGAGUUCCAAGCACACAAAGCCAUCCUAGCAGCUCGCUCUCCUGUUUUCAGCGCCAUGUUCGAGCAUGAAAUGGAGGAAAGCAAAAAGAACCGAGUGGAGAUCAACGACGUGGAGCCCGAAGUGUUUAAGGAGAUGAUGUGUUUCAUCUACACCGGCAAAGCACCCAACCUGGACAAGAUGGCCGACGACCUGCUUGCUGCUGCUGACAAGUAUGCUCUGGAGCGCUUGAAGGUGAUGUGUGAGGACGCCCUGUGUACGAGUCUAUCUGUGGAGAACGCUGCUGAGAUCCUGAUUCUGGCUGACCUGCACAGCGCCGAUCAGCUCAAAACCCAAGCCGUCGACUUCAUCAACUACCAUGCAUCAGAUGUGAUGGAGACAUCCGGCUGGAAGUCCAUGGUGGCGUCUCACCCUCACCUGGUCGCCGAGGCAUAUCGUUCCCUGGCGUCGGCUCAGUGCCCUUUCCUGGGCCCACCCCGAAAGCGCCUCAAACAAUCAUAGUGCCCUGAGCUUUUAAUCCACCCGGCCCCCCCGCUUCGACAGAACUGCCCACAACGAGGCGCCAUUCUUAAAUUUACCCCUUCUAAAUAUACUCCCUGUAGGGACUCUAGCCAAUCCUUGAUCCCAAGGUACUGUGUUCUGUAGCGUCCCUCCCUGCCCUCCUCAAACGUCCUCAGCCCAAAAUCCAAGGAACGUCAGGGAACCUCCAGCAGAACGGUCAUCGCUAGUGGGAACGCUGUACCCCCAAACCCCCCCACGAGGGUUUUUCCCACCUGUGCUCCCUCCUUGACACCCCUCCCCAAGCGCCCAACCUAACCAGGAUAAGCAAGCUUUCAGUGGGAGUCGCCGGUGUCUACAGAUCAGAUAAACGGAUUGGCAAGACGGAUAGUGACUACAGGACACAAGGACUCUCUAUCGGUGGACUGUGAACGUUCCCCACCGCCCCGUUGCGAUGGAUUCUCCUUUACUGUGUGUGUCAUUUGUUCCCGUGGAUUUUAGGACGAGAAAAAAACAACCCAGCUUUCAUUGGGGGAACUGCAGAGCUUUUAACUAGGUAGCUUGUCUCCUUAUGAUAUCAGCAUUCCGUUCCAGCGUUCAAGUAGGUCAUGUGUCUGUUUUUCGACGACGUUUUCUCCUCAACCUCUGUCGCAAAAUCCCGAAGAAAGUGACUUUACUUGAUGCCGUUAUCUGAAGCCGACUCCCGAUUGGCCGGUCAGAGAGCGAGAGGCGCAGAUGGACUUCCUGUGUAUCUCCUGUGUUUCGGAGAGUGCUAGAUUGCACAUAAGAGGGUUGAAAGCAGGGGAGUAUGUAAAUACAAGGUUAUAUUUCUUUUGAUGUUUCUUUGAGAGUUUUCUCCUCCUUGUAGCACUUCUGUAUUUAAACCCAGGCUUUCUGUAUGAAAACAAAAACAACCAAAAAAAAAGGAUAAUAAAAUUGGCUGUGCUCA